AUGAAGAAAACUGAAGAUCACAAUGGCUUGUCGGAAAGGGAAGAGUACAAAUUCCGACGGAGCUACGAAACAGUUAUAGGAUGGAAACCAACAGACAAGGACCCCAACCUCGACCUGCCACGCGAGCGGAUCGCUGCGUUUACCAGAGAGGUCGUCGUCAAAACUAUAGCCUCCCAAGCAGAGGAUUUUGUGCAAUCUAAGAUCCAGAUCUAUCUGAAAAUUGCAGUUUCAUCAGGAAUGACUCACGUGUGUCCCGAAUGUGUGGAUGAAGAUGGGCAGUAUUUCAAUAAGAUGGUAGAUUUCGACCACCACUGUUGGCAAAAAAACGAUCAAACGCAUAUGAACUUGCUGUCAAAAGUUCCGGCCACUUUCCUUCCUACAUACCUCAUUGCGAUGGGGCUUUCCGAAAUUGAGGAGUUGCCUCCUGGACAUGACAAGCCGGGACGCUGGACGAAUGAGCGAUAUCUGAAGACUGCCUACGUCUUCAAGAUCAAGAAGAGGUUCAUGGCGCCGGAAAUUGCAGAUAGCCAGGAGCAAUGUGGUAUCUAA